AAGGGAGACUGGGAGGCGCCGCGCCGCCGGGUUUCUCUCUCUCGCUCGCAUUUUCUCGUCUGCUUCCUUCGGAGCUCAGAGAGAGAGAGAGAGAGAGAUAGAGUCGGAAGGGAAAUCUUCAUUCUAACAUAAAGCCACGAAAACCCUAGGCCGCCGUUUCUCUGCGUUUCAAGUCCGCUCGCUGCCCCUCUCUCUCUCUCUGUCUCUCGUCCCUAGGGAGGUAGUGUGUCUGGUUCUUCUCCUUUUUUCACAUGCUUUUCGCUUCAGUUCUUUCUUCUUGUGCCGUUUGGUUCCUUGGAAAAUAUUGCUUGGGGAAAGAGCUUAUGAGCGCACAAAUCUUGCAAAUACGCUGCAUUUGUGUGAAGUAGGAUUUUUCUUUGAUUGGAUCUUAGAAUCAUUCUGUUAUUUUGUUGAAAUAACUUGAUUUGUUUAACCUAUUAGCCCGUUGAUAGAACAUUGAAAAAUUCAUUGUCCAUAAAGAAUGGCAACUUCAACACAUUUGUGUGGGGUCAAAACUGUCGGCCCUGCUUUUUCUCCCAAACAUUUGCAUUCCCGACUUCUGUGGUCGCAAAAGGAUCUUCGUUUUGCUAGCUCUCUCGCUUCAGUUUCUGGAUUUUGUAGCGUGGCUGUAAAAAAUUAUUGCACCAGGAGGGGUUUAAGACUGAGUUGUGAGGGGAAAACUACCGAUGUGCUUGAGAGGAACAAAGCUGAAAAUCAAACCUGUGAUGGGGUCUCAAAUGAACUGACAUGUGUCAUGAAGUUUGGUGGCUCAUCAGUGGCCUCUUCUGAUAGGAUGAGAGAGGUUGCUGACCUUAUUCUUAGCUUCCCAGAAGAAAGACCUGUGGUAGUUCUCUCUGCUAUGGGGAAGACAACUAACAAACUUUUAUUGGCUGGAGAAAAAGCCGUCGGUUGUGGUACCUCCAAUGUAUCUGACAUUGAUGAAUUGCUUUUUGUGAAAGAAUUGCAUCUCAGGACUGUGGAUGAGCUAGGGGUUGACAGAUCCUCUGUUUUAACACACUUGGAGGAACUGGAGCAACUUCUAAAGGGAAUUGGUCAAGUGAAAGAGUUGACCUUACGCACAAAAGACUAUUUAGUCUCAUUUGGGGAAUGCAUGUCAACAAGAAUUUUUGCUGCAUAUUUAAACAAAAUUGGUGUUAAAGCUCGUCAGUAUGAUGCAUUUGAUAUUGGUUUCAUAACAACAGAUGACUUCUCAAAUGCUGACAUCCUGGAAGCAACUUACCCAGCUGUUUCAAAGAGGUUGCUUGGUGAUUGGAUUAGUGAUCCUGCAAUUCCUAUUGUUACUGGCUUCCUUGGAAAGGGCUGGAGAUCCUGUGCAGUGACUACUUUGGGCAGGGGUGGUAGUGAUCUGACGGCAACAACCAUUGGUAAAGCACUAGGGCUGCGAGAAAUUCAGGUGUGGAAGGAUGUUGAUGGUGUUCUGACGUGUGAUCCUAACAUAUAUCCAGACGCAGAACCUGUGCCAUAUCUAACAUUUGAAGAGGCUGCGGAGCUUGCAUAUUUUGGUGCACAGGUCCUGCAUCCACAAUCCAUGAAGCCAGCAAGAGAAGGUGAUAUUCCUGUUAGGGUUAAGAAUUCUUACAAUCCUAAGGCUCCUGGAACUCUUAUCACCAGAGCAAGAGAUAUGAGCAAGGCAGUACUGACUAGCAUUGUCUUGAAACGGAAUGUGACAAUGUUGGAUAUUGCUAGCACCCGCAUGCUUGGUCAAUAUGGCUUCCUAGCCAAGGUAUUCUCAAUCUUUGAAGAUUUGGGAAUAUCAGUGGAUGUUGUGGCUACUAGUGAAGUUAGUAUUUCCUUGACAUUGGAUCCAUCAAAGCUCUGGAGCAGGGAACUCAUUCAGCAGGCAUGCGAGCUUGAUCAUGUUGUGGAAGAACUUGAAAAAAUAUCAGUUGUGAAUCUCCUGCAGAACAGAUCAAUCAUAUCUCUUAUUGGCAAUGUUCAGAGGUCAUCGCUGAUAUUAGAGAAGGUAUUCUGCGUUCUUCGUGCCAAUGGAGUCAAUGUUCAGAUGAUCUCUCAAGGUGCAUCUAAGGUCAACAUCUCAUUGAUCGUACACGACAGUGAAGCAGAACAAUGUGUGAGGGCACUCCACUCUGCAUUCUUUUCAAGUGAUAUCUCAGACCUAAAAGUGGAAUGCGGGUCUCAGAAUGGAUCCAGUUGAACUUUGCCCUACCGAUGUUGAGUUGACUUGCUUGUGAGUAAACCCAGUGUCAGUGUCUCCUCCAAAUCUGGUUACAUGUCAUGUUGAACGUGUGGGUAUGGGUGUCUCUCAUAUCACUUGCCAUGAUACCAAUAUCUAUAUAUGUAGUAUUGUGUUAGCCA